UCCAGCUCUCCAGGCUCUUCGCGUAGUACACCUCCGCGAUGCAGGCCGAGCAGGAGCAGUACCUGCGCAAGGUCGCCGGCAAGGGCCAGGAGAUGGUGCAGCAGAUGGUCCAGUCGCUGAGCAGCGCGCUCAUCUACCCCGAGGCCGGCAACGUCGCCACCAACGAGAAGCUCUGGGACGUCUACGCGUCGGAGUGGGGCAAAGAAGCCCCCUGGGUCGUCGAGAUGGCGGCGACGAACCGCGACGGGGCCGUGGCGCUCGACGCCGUCGGCGACGAGUGGGCGCCGCGGGCGCACACGGAGCGCGUCGUCGACGAGUGGAUCCUCUCCGAGGUGACCCCGGAGGCGCGGUGCUGCGAGAUCGGGUCCGGCGGCGGGCGCAUCGCGGCCCUCGUCGCGCCGCGCGUCGCGUCCCUCGCGUGCUGCGACGUGUCGGCGAAGAUGCUCGCGCGCGCGGAGGCCGCGCUCGCGGGCGGACCGGCCGCGACGUCGUUCCACCUCGUCCACGGCGACGCGGCGCCGUCCGACGCGGGCUUCGGCGCCGGCCCGCGGGCCUACCCUCCGACCAUGGCGCGGGGCUUCGACUUCGUCUACUGCUUCGACGUCAUGGUGCACCUCGACGCGCACGCGAUGUACCGCUGCCUCCGGCGCGUCGAGAGCUUGCUCGCGGACGGCGGCCGGGCCUUCGUGUCCACGGCGAAUCUGAAGGCCCCGGACGGCUUCGCGCGCUUCGAGAAGCAGAGCAAGUACUCCGUCGGCGGCUUCUUCUUCGUCACGCCGGAGACGGUCCGCGUCCUCGCGGACAAAGCGGGCCUCGCCGUCGUCCGCGAGCUCGACGCGCCCGACGCGUCGAACACGUACUACAACCGCGACUACCUCGCCAUCCUCGCGCGCAAGGACGCGUAAAGUACUCGGUC